AUGUCGUGUUUAGGAUCCCUUCCUUUAGCCUUGGAUCACAUCAACCUGGGCUUUAUGAUGUUACUCCAUGGCUCCAUGCGAAUUGACUUCACCAUGUUAGCCUUUGGCAUGGCCUGCCUGGAAUUCUCUUUGCUGACUUUGGACUUGGCUCAUCUUGGCCUUUCCCUGUCUCUCCAAGGAUUUUCCAGGAUUGGAUUAUUGCUACCUGCCUAUGGAAUUGCACGAAUCGAUUCUUUGUUACCUGUGCUUGAUUCUGUAAGCCUGGCAUCCUCUUUGUCGCUUCAAAGCCUCGCUUGUUUGGGAAGCUGCCCAUCAGCUUAUGGACUGACCAUGCUCGGCUCUUCACUGCCUGUGUUGGACAUGACCUACAUUGAAUUUCCCUUGCUGUUGCACAGCUAUGCAUGUUUGGACUUCACCCUAUUGAUUUAUGGAAUCGCCAAACUUGAACUAGUCCUGCCUGUCCUGCACUUCGUGACGCUCGGAUCGUCCUUGUUGCUGCGUAGUCUCAUGCGUGUCGGCAGCACGAUGUCAACUUACGGCUUCCUUUGUGCUGACUUUGCCUUGUUAGUCUAUGGAAUGAGCCGUUCAGGGUUUACCUUGUUUGUGCUUGACCUUUUGCACCCUGGCCCUGUUCUGUUGCCUCACAGUCACGUGCGGUAUGGUAGCGUCUUGUUGAUCUACGGCAUGGCACGUUCAGGUUUCAGCUUGCCGGUCUUGGAUUUUGUGACCGUGGGAUUUGCAACCUUGUUGAGAGGCUUUGUACACCUUGAGUUGCCAUUGCUGCUGUUUGGCUUGUCACGACUCGAGCUUUCAAUGUUGAUUCUGGACUGGAUGCAUUUUGACCCUGCCAUUUUGUUGCGCGGAUCCUUCCAACCGGAAUCUUCGUUGUCAGUCUUCGGAGUCACCAAACCUGGUUUCUUUCCAUCCCCCUUGGACUUUGCGAGCUCAGACCUCUCAAUGCCGUUGCGAAGCUCCUGCCAAUUGGGUUUCUUACUUUCCGUGUAUGCAAACGUCAGGCCUGGCUUUUUGUUGCUUGUUCUCGACCAUGUGACCCUGGGUUCUGCAGUAUUUCUCCGAUCCUAUGUUUGUGUCGGGCCUUCCUCAUUUCUCUAUGGCCUCUCGCGGCCCGAAUUCCCUUUGUUUGUGCUGGAUUAUGUGCAGACCGAGUUCACACCCUUUCUGAGAGGUAUGGUGCGAUCGGGUUUCUUGCUGUUGCCCUAUGGCAUCGGAAAACUGGGAUUUUCGUCGUCAACUCUUGACCCUGUGAGUGUGGACUCUUUGGUGUUUUCAAAGACUUUCGUCCAACUUGAGCUGAUGUCAUUGGCCUUUGGAGUUGCUCGGCUGGGGUUGCUGUUGUCAGUCUUGGAUUUUGUAUCCUUGGGUAGUGCUUUGUCACUAAGAAGGCUCGCACACUUGGGUCUCACGGUCUUUGUUUAUGGAACAGUUUGCCUUGGAAGCUCUUCUUCUUUGCUGGACCAUGUGACUUUUGGAAGCCCGAUGUUAUUGCACGGAUUGGGCUGA